GCCGGAGCAUUUUCAUUCACACAAGUCAACUCACACACUGGACACAAGACUGAAACGUAGAAUCUUGAUCAAAUUUGAAUAAGUACGUUUUUCAUUUUGUUGUAGCUUUUUGCAAUGAUUUGCCUGUCACGUCUGGUCAUCAUUAACUUGCCCAGUGUCUGGCCAUCAAAAAGAUCCAAGGAUUCUGAGCAGAAGGAAAGCAAAGCUUCUGAAAAGCCAGCUGCACUGAAGGACUUUCAGAGACCUUUGCAGAUCCACACAAAGAGAGGCUACAUCAAGUGGUUCAACAAACUGAGUCGCUGCCAGAGAACUCGUCACCUUGCGGGGAGAAUGCAUCCCAGGCGGAACUAAAAUUUGAAAUUCGAUUUUGCUCUGAUUUCCCAUCCCGAUCGCUUCCAUGGAUGAUUGGCAAUUAAGAUUGCAUGGGGUGCAUGGAUUAACUCACGUAGCUGACCCAUAUUCGGAGUGGCUCUGCUUCAGCUGGGAGCCGGUUGUGGAUAAGUUGGUCAGUGGUGCGAUUGCCAGUGGCCAGUGGAGCACCGUGACAUGGCAAAUGGCCACCAGUUGGCCAGGUACAGAUUGGAGCCCCUUUUUUGCGCCUCUCUACAGCCGCUUUCCUCGUUAUUCGCUCGGCUUUUAUCUGGCCAGAGGCAAAUUAGUCAAAUGGUAACAAUUAUGUAAUGGUCUAGUUAUACUUGGCCACUUGGCCAGUUGGAGUAUCCCGGCGAGAAGUGGGCGUUGCAUGUUUGCCUUUCACUUUUUUUUCUGGAUCUGGAUCUGGAUCGGCCAGCUGUGCCAGGAUAUAUAUCAAACGGCACGAUUAUACAAUAUAGCUACGUAAUUAGUCGCCUCGUAUGGCGGCAAACAAUUGCAAACAGUUGGCAAACAAUGUUUAAAUGUUCUCCAAACUGCGGCCCGCAAUUGAGACAUUAUUCAAUUUGUGACAAUCGCGAGAAAACCGAAGAAUGAAACUGUAACAAGAGCGAAAAACAAUUAAGUGCAUUUUGGAUGCGAUUUCCCAAAGCGAUGUUCUAAUUUUGCAACCGAAAAUGCCUCGCUGGGCCCAAAGUUGUGAACAUUUAAUGAGCACCAAAAACGUAAAUUUAAUUUAUAUCGUUUUCUAAGCUUUUUGUCAGACGACAAAUUUCGUAAUUUUUUUUUUUUUGUUCGCUUUAUGUCGGUUACUUUGUUGGUUUUUUUCUAUUUUGUUUGUUUGGUGGCUAUUGCUAUUGGGUGAUUCGUGUAAACUGUGCCGACUCGGCAUGGAGCUUUGGAUUUGGACCCUGGUUGCAUGUCAAAGGCGCAUGAAACGCCGCCAGCCUGCCACAAGAAUCAAAUGACACUCGGCCUGGUCCAUUUCGGUCGCUGCAUGGAGGCAAAAAAUUAUCCAUACAGCGCAGUAUGCAGUGUGCUCUAUGCAGCUUGCAGUUUGCUGUAUGAUAUGGUCAAAAUACCCAGCAGUGUGUAGCCUUAAUUGGCACCUCGACACUUGGCCAGGACCGAACCGAACCGAAUCGAAUUGAAUCGCAUCGAAUCGCAUCGCAUCGAAUGGCUGCUGUGUAGGUGCACUUGAUGGCCGGCUCUGGUGUGAGAUUUAUGUAUGUUCUCCUUGCGUAUCCAUUGCCCAACUGGCGGAGCGGCACGACGGCUUCUGGGCAGUUGGAAGCUGGGAAGUUGCAAGUUGGCACUCUGGUAGCUGCGGCGCCGCUUUUUGAUAAAGUAUCCCAGCCAAUGGUCACGCAAUAAAUUUUUGACAUGA